AUGAAAUAUUCGAAGGAAGCGGUUGUGGUCGUUUUGUUGUCGGUUCUCUGCGCGCAAUGCGCUGGCCUUCCCACCGGUCCCAAUGACUGCAGCAGUCGUAGUUUUGCCGAUGGAUACUAUAUAGUAGUCACGACCUUGAUAGGCUUCAAGCUAGCCUACACCCUUGCAAGAUAUGCUUGCAAUCUGGCGGCUGCAGAGUUGCAACCGAACGACUUCAACAAAUGUAAUCGUAUCUGUCCCAAGUGGACGUUUGGUUACAAUUGCAGCCACUCUUGUCUAUGCAAGAAAUGGAACUCUUUCAAAUGCGGUCACGUGAACGGUCGUUGUGAGUGUCGACACGGCUGGAGAGGUGCGUUUUGCACGGACUCAUGCCCGCAGGGUCUCUUUGGGCCAAACUGCGAAUUCAACUGCAAAUGCCUGAACGGCGGAUUAUGUGAUCGUUAUACGGGAAAUUGCAGAUGUCCUGUUUGCUUUGUCGGGGAGAACUGUCAAGAGACAGCUACAAUCUCAACAGGAUCGAAGGAGGAGCAAUCAAAGACAAACGAGUCAACUCGUAGAUGGGCAGGUGUUGGAAGCGUGAUUCUUGUGAUGUUGACUAUAAUACUGGUGCUCGUAAUUAGACGAAAAAAGGGUUCGUGCACCAUCAGCCUCAAUGAGCAGCAGAACACCUUGUCACCAGAUCAGAAGUAUGCGAAUCAGUGUUAUUUGACUUCAGAUAAAGCGCGUCUGGAUGAUGAAUGAUGGAUAGUUGUCUAUUCAAUUGGUGUUUCGUGUUACUGUUGAUUUAUGUGCGCAAUGUGAGUUGUUAGAACAUGAAUUUACUUACACGAGUCAUGUACUUUUAUUAGGUACUCUAUAUUUCCAAGUGAUUUUUUAUAGCAGCGUGACGAAUCGUUGUGCUCGUCGUUCACAGCUGGUAGUCUUUAGCUAAAACAUUGAAAUAUAACGCUUUUGUUGUUGAGA